AUGAGUUCCCCUACUAAUGAAAAUACGAAUGAAAGGAAAAGAAAAAAAACCAUUGAAGAAGAAAAUGUUCUAAUUAAAGAGAAAGAAAAUAUAAAUUUGAAAAAAAAGAAAAUCGAAUUUGAGGAUGAUGAAGAAUUUGAAAAAUAUGUUUUUAGUAAUUUUAAAAAUGCUGAAGAAAGUUAUAAUAAUAAAGAGCAAUAUAUUUUAUCGGAAAUUACAAAAGCAUUCUUUAAUGAUAACAGAAAAUACAAAAGCAUAGAAGAUAUGGCAAAUGAAAUAAAAAAUCAAGCUAUAAAAAAUAUUAAAAAAAAUUUAGAUAUUAUAUGUAAUAAUGAGUGUACUAGUCCUUUUUUCGUUGAACGAUUUCGUGUAAAAUAUAUUAAUGAACAGAAUAUGUUAAAUAUAAAAACAGCUCAGAAUUAUUUUAAAGAAUUUAUAAUAUUAUAUAAAAAUAAUAAUUUUAAUGAUUUCAGUUUAGAGAUAAAUACGAAUAUAGAAGAAGGGGGGGCUAGUGAAAAGAAUAAUAUAGAAGAUGAUGAUGAUAUAGAAAGUGGUGACAACAUAAAAAGUAAUGAUAAUACAAAAUCAAAAUUAGAUAAUUCACAUAAUAAUGAUAAUAAUAUGGAAGAAAAUAAAAAUAAUUCCAUAUUAAAUGAAGAAAAUAUGUAUAUAUCUAAUCUGUGGAAAGAAAAAAUAAAAUGCAAAAUUGAUAAUAUUAAUGAUAAUAAUAUAUUAACAAAGAUCUUAAAUUAUAUAGGUGGUACAUCAAUACAUGUAGAUCAUAUACCUAUGCAUAUAAAUAAAUUUCACAUAUUAAAUACACUCAGUACUUUAAAAUAUAAUGUGAUGAAUAUAAAUAUAUGGGAUGUAUAUAAUACCAAAGAUACAAGAGCACAUUCUUUUUUUAGAAGAGCUAAUAUAUAUUUUAAUAAUAAAACCUCAGCUACUAAUGUAUUAAAUACUAUACGGGAAAAUACGUAUGCUAUACCUAUUCAUCAGUGGUACAUGAAUAAUGUCAGGAGAAAUAUAUAUAAUACCAUUGAUUUUAAAAUAUGUCCACCCAUAUGUUCACAUAUGGAAAGAAUAAAAAAAGAUUAUAAUAUGGCAAAAGAACUUGUAAGAAAAUUAGAUUGUUCAUGUGGAAUUAAUAUGGACCUCUUCAACAAAAUGAGCGAUGACACAUAUUUAAAUGGUCCAAUAAAUAAAAGAAGAAAAGUUGAUGACAAAGAACAUGAUGAAACGUUUAAUGAUAAGAGCAAAAAUACAUUCGAGGUAAAUACAUUAAAUAAUAAUAAUAAUAUAGAGAACAACAAAAAUGGUUUUAAUGAUGAUAAUAUAAAUGAGGACAAAAAUAUUAUUGAGAAGGAGAAUGUUACGGAGAGCCCUAUAAUUUCUAUGAUAGAAAAUAAUGAAGAACAAAAUUACGAUGUGAAAAAAAAAUUAGAUAUUUUAAUUUUAUAUUUAAGAUUUGUUCAUAAUUUUUGUUAUUAUUCAGCAAAAAAAUUUAAUACAUAUGAUGAGUUACUUAGAGAAUGUGGUUAUUUCUAUCUAAGAGUUAAUGUAGGGCAGAAAAAAUUACACAAGAAUUUUAUUCCAAUAUUUUAUGAAAACUGUAAUAAAGAAAAGGAUAAUACAUACUUAGAUAAUAUGAUAAUUAAUAGUAUAUCUAUUGAUGAAACUAAUUUAUUAAAUGAGGAUAUAAAAAAUGGUUUAUCAAUAAAUAGUGAACAUAAUGAUUUAAAAAAUCAAAAUUCUUUUGUAAUGAAUAAUGAAACUAAUGAUCAUAAUGAAAAUAGGAAGUAUAAAUUAAAAUAUACAAAUGAUAUGUUAUUAUAUAAAUUAUUAAAUAAUAAAAAAAACGAAAUAUUUUCUUUUCAAGAUGAAGAACAAAUCAAGAUAUCAGAGUUUCAGUUGAAAUGGCUAGUCCAUUUUGAUAAUGAAAUAAAAAAUGCUAUUAAUAAGAAAUAUUAUGAAAAUAUUAAUAUUGAAAAAACAAAUGAAUUUUUAGAUAUUCUAAAAAAGGAUUAUGCAUUAACAACAAGUGAUAAUAAACAAAGUGAUAUUAGAUGUUCUAAAUGUAAAAAACUUUUUAAUCAUAUUAAUGAUUUACCAAAUCAUAUCUUCUUAAAACAUAAUCAAUUUAAAAUGAAAUUAAUAACCGAAACUGAAAUUCAAAUAAUGAAAAAGAAAUUUUAUGAAACUCCACAUUCUUUUCAUUUUCUUUUUAUGAUGGAAAAAAAGUAUAAUUACAUGUUCAAAAAUUAUAAUCAUAAAAAUUCUAUUUUUAAAAGAAAUAAAAGUUUUAUAAAUCAUAAUUUACAUGUAUUAAACAAUACAAAUAAAAAUGAAUACAAAGAUUUUGAUGACCCACAACAAAAUCUUUUACAAAAUGUAAAACAUACUAAUACCAACAAGAGCAAAAAUUUCUAUGACGAUACAUAA